AUGACGAACGAGGAAGACAAGAAUCCGACCAAAGACCAAGAUACUCAUAUCAAUUCGAAAGGAGAAGGACAGUCCAGCUUUCUCAGGUAUAAUCAGCACAUAAACCAUUCGAUAAAAUGCAUCAGUAAAUCACACAUUCAUAGUCCAUAUACAUUCUUGAGUUGUGAAUUACAAUAUGCUUCUUUUCAGAAUAAUUGGCCAAGCGUUAUGUUUGCAAUGGCAGGCGGGGUGAUUUUAAGCCUUGGAAAUCUAUCAACACAAUAUGCUUGGGCAUUCAUUGGUUUAUCGGUAAAUGAGGUCAUCACUGCAAGUAUUACAGUUGUGAUAGGUACAACUUUGAACUACUUUUUAGACGAUAAAAUCAAUAGAGCUGAGAUACUUUUCCUAAGGGUUUCAUGUUUCUUGAUUGUUAUGUGUCUUGGUUCUAUUGUGUAUGCCAAAACUUGAUGGAGUAAAAGGUUCUCAAAUUGACAAAAAAGGAUAUAUGUUUUUUUUGGUGUGAUCAUAUAUCAAACUACUGACUUGUAGUUUUUGGAACUCUAACACUUGAUACGUAGCAGAUCAAUUAGCAACGGGUCAUACGGGAUAUCAAAAAAGGAUCUGGAGGUUGGAACUGGUAAAGGAGAGAAAGCAAAAGCAGGGACUGCAAGUUUCCUUAUUUAGGGUUCUUUUGGAAUUAUAUUUUAGGUUUUGAAAAGGUUGCCACUGAUAUGAAAUCAAGUAAGUUCAAGAACAUACGAACACAUACAUGAGAAAGACUUGGAAUCGAGUUCAAGAACAAGUGUUUUCUACCAAAAUUUACAUUGUUAUGAUUAUACAUCACAUUUUUGUAAGAAUAGUUUGAAUCAAGUCGAGUAUUUUGACCAGUCAAGGAGAUCAAGUGUAUUUGUUCAAGUAUUGUAUAUUUAAGAAUGCUAUUUGUUAAGAAUUUUAUUAAUUUUUUAUGAAAUUCUGUUAGAAUAUGUAUAAUUAUAGUAAAAUGUAUAAGACUAUUACUCUAUAAAAAUAUGUAUGAAUUUGUA